AGUUUAUCUAUUCUAAUAUCAAUGAAAAAUUAAAUAUACCAAAAUGUAUUGACUUUGAAUGACUGAACGAUUAUUAUCAUUAGAAAGGUCGACAGUUUAUCAUAAUAUAAAAAUAAACUUUUAUUAUUACCAAAUCUUGCUUGAAUUUUCGUGUUAUUUCAAUAUAAAAGAUGUAUUUACUGAGAAGAAGUACAUUUAUAAGACAAUUUAGUACAAAAAAAAAUCGAAAAGUCGGAAUUAUUGGAGUACCUUUUGAGAAAGGACAGAAAAAACAUGGAGUUGAACGUGGACCAGAUGCAAUUCGUAGAGCAGGUCUAUUAGAAGAAUUAAAAAUUCUUGAGCUCGAUGUACAAGACUAUGGUAACUUGAAAUAUGAAAUUCAAUCAUCGUCAGAUAUUCAAAAUAUGUCACAUUUAAAAGAAGUAGCAAGCUGUACUUAUAAAGUAUCAGAAAUUGUACAAAAAAUCAUGAAAGAAGGAAGAACAGUUGUAACACUUGGUGGAGAUCAUAGUUUAGGUAUUGGAACUAUUGAUGGACAUGUAAAAGCUCAUAAAAACGUUGCAGUUUUGUGGGUUGAUGCUCAUGCAGACUUGAAUACAAACAAAACAAGUGAGAGCGGUAAUGUUCACGGGAUGCCUGUAGCUUUGUUAACUUCCGAACUAUCAGAUUAUUGGCCUCAUUUACCUGGCAUGGAUUGGCAACAACCACUAUUAUCAAUAAGAAAUGUAGCAUAUAUAGGGUUGAGAUCUGUCGAUAAAUAUGAAAGAUUGGUUAUUGAAAAAUUUGGAAUCACUGCGUUUGGAAUGGAAGAUGUUGAAAGAUAUGGUAUUCACGAUGUCAUACAUAUGGCUUUAGAUAAAAUAGAUCCUCAUAAUGAUAAAUCUAUACAUGUUAGUUUUGAUAUUGAUGCAUUAGAUCCAUUAGAAGCUCCAAGCACUGGAACUCCCGUUCGUGGAGGACUAACUUUAAGAGAGGGAAUUCAUCUAAUGGAAGAAGUUCAUAGAACAAAUCGGUUAAAUGCAAUAGACCUAGUAGAAAUUAAUCCUGACAUAAGUGAUACUAAAGGAGUCAAUUUAACAACAGAAGCUGCAAUUUAUAUUUUACAAGCAGCUUUAGGAUAUACUCGUCGAGGUCUUAAAGUUCCUGCAGGAGUAACAGAUAUUCCAUUACAAACAUUUCGUUAAAAAAUUAUUUUUUAUUUCAUUUAUUAUGUAUGAAAAGAUAUAUAAUCAAUAGAAUAAUCCAGUAUUUUUUUUUACAUUUUUAAUUUUCUAUAUAAUCAUUAUUUAUAAUUAUAUAUG